AUGAUCGCCAGCGAACAACCAUACAACUUUAUCAUUGUCAGCGCAGGAGUUGGCGGUCUAGUGCUAGCCUCGCGUCUCUGCGAAGAUGCCACUGCCAAUGUUCUCCUUGUCGAAGCCGGGCCUAAUCAUAUGGGAGACCUGCACGUCGAGACUCCGGGCCUACUAGGCGCCAUGUUCGGAGAUCCGGAUUUCGACUGGAACUACUUGACCGAGCCACAGCGCUCAAACCAAGUUCAUGCAAACAAUCGUCAAAUGGGCCAGCCACGAGGCUGGAUAGUUAGUAGCUUUUCGGCAUUGAAUUUCUCCAUAGUGGCGUAUCCAUCACACGCCAACUUCGAGGCGUGGGAAUCCCUGGACAACGACGGGUGGGAGCCCGAUGCCAUGGCUCCAUAUCUGCGUAAAUUCCAUACGUACACGCCGCCCAGUGAGACCACCAGUGCGUUACUGUCUCUGGACCAGUACAUGAAGGCAGACAAUCAGGGCAAUCAAGGUCCAGUCCCAGUCUGUCAUCCUGACGUCUAUACCCCAUUCAAUCAGACCUGGAAUGAGACGCCACCAGGGAUAUGCUGGGGCUUGCUACGCCCCGGACGUCGCACAGCGCAAAAACCUCAUCUGUUCACUGAAACCAUGGUAGAGCGAGUGGCCCUGACGAAAUCCGACGACGGCCAGGUGACUGCUACGGGGGUUCAGAUUCAGACCAAAGAUGGUGAGCAACUGGCGGUCUCUGCCACGCGUGAAGUGUUUAUCAGUGCCGGAACUCUGAAUUCCCCGCAGCUACUGGAUCUGUCUGGCAUUGGCGCCGCAGAUCUAUUGAAAAAACACAGUAUCCCGGUGGUGCUCGAUCUACCUGGAGUCGGAGAGAAUCUUCAGGAUCAUCGUGUGGUCCAGCCUCUGGUUGAGCUCUAUGAAAAGACCCGCCCUGGUCCUUUGACGGGCAUGCCCUAUCUGGACAGCCCGCAGGUUGAACAAUUUUCGCCCGGUCGGCAGCAGCAAUACAACAUCCUACGACAGAUGCUCCGGGAUGAUCAGACGGGCUCCGCGCAAUAUAUGUUCCUGAAUUCACAAGUCAAUGUAAAGCCUGGAGUGAGUACAAUGGCCUAUGCACUCUCGAAGGACUUGCCGGAGAACUACAUCAGCAUCAUGGCCUUACUCAAUCAUCCCUUUUCGCGUGGAUCUAUACAUAUCCGAUCGGCCAACCCGGGCGAGAAGCACGUCUACGACCCCAAAUAUCUAUCUCACCCCUUAGAUUUAGAAGUCCUCGCCCGCCACACUCAGUUCCUGGACAGGAUCGCUGGUACGCAGCCUUUUAGCUCGUUACUCAAACCCGGCGCUCGAGUACCUGAGGCGGCGGUGGAUCUGGCAGAUCUGGAGAAAGCUAAGGAGGUAGUUAAAGAUUGUCUAUUCCACGACUUCCAUCCAGUGGGCACAUAUGCCGUGAUGCCCGCAGACUUAGGCGGAGUAGUGGACCCCCAACUGAAGAUGCAUGGCACGCGCAAUUUAAGAGUGGUCGAUGCCAGCAUCUUUCCCUUGGAAACGUCGGGUAAUAUCCAAGCAAUGACAUAUGCAGUAGCCGAGCGCGCGACAGACAUGAUCCGCUCAAGUGCGCAUCAUUAG